UUUGCGAGUUUUUCCGAAUGGCAUUUUGCCAAUGGAUUAAAAAAUAGUGAAAUUCAUAAAUUCGUUUAAAUUUUGUGCAUAUACAAUUUUUUAAACGAAAUGGAUUAGAAAAUAUUAUGUAAAUUAUCAAAGUUUCUUUGAUUGUAUCGAAAUGUCAGGAAAGUACUGUUACUAAAGAAUGUUUAUUUCUCAAAUCAGGAUUAUCGUUUUUUGAAUUUUUUACUGCAAUAUGAAAUAAAACUUAAAAAAUUUGCAUUUAAUUGAAUACAGUGCUAUUGUGGAUUUAUGUUCGAUUAGCCGGCAUUUCGAUCAAUGAUGUUCGCAGUAUAGGUAUUGUCAUGGACACAGAUGUAGAACUUGCCAAAGGUGAAGGGUGUGAAACUAGUCCAGGUUGCUCUGGCUAUUCUAGCAUGGUGCACAGCAAAAAAGUUAUUAAACAUGCAUUACGACAGCAGGCCAAAAGACGUAGAAAAAAUACAACGAUUGCAGCUGGAAAUUCUCGUACCCUUCCAAGAAUUGUUGUUAAACCACUACCUCCACCUCCACCGAAUAAUCCACCUUCUCCAGUUAAUAAUGUACAACAUAUUAAUACUACAACUGAAGAACCUGCUGCCACAAUGAGGGAAGUCCUGGCAAGUUUGCCAGGAUUUAGCUUAAAAUCUGGACGUAGACGAUCAACAAAACGAUUAUCAGCAACUGCACAAUUGGAGGCUGGUCUUGUAGAUCUUGAAUCUCCAGCAAGUAUCUUAGCAAGCACAAGUUUACGUGCUCUUUUAAAUAGGCAUACUUUUCAAGGUUUACCACCUUUGUAUCAAAGGAAACUUGCACAACUUUUACCUGCUGUAGAUAGACAGGAUGCUGCUACAUCUGGAUUAAAUAAUGAAUUCUUUGCACGAGCAUGCCUAGAAUGGCGUAAACGCUUGGCAGAAGGAGAGUUUACUCCAGAAAAUCAACAAAGAUUGAAAAUGGAGGCAGAAAGAGAUAAAAAUAAAUUAGAUCCAUGGAAAGUAAAACAUUUCGAACCUAUAUGGGGUGAAAAACGCGAACCUAAAAUUAGAUCAGGUCUUCAUUGUAUUGCGGAAUCAAGAUCUGGAGGAGCUGUAACACGUUCGAGUUUAAGACUUCGCUUAGAAUCUAAUGUAGAUACACCUAUAUCAGAUACUCCCUGUCCUAUUAUGUCCGAAGAUAAGGUUGAAGAAGAUAAUUGUAAAGUUGAAACUAGUAUAAAUAAUUCAGAAGAAUUAAAUGAAACAACAGAAAUACAAGAAUUAUUACCAACAGAAUAUAAUGAAACAACGCAUACGUUAAUUGAUGAAAAACAUAUAGACUCUGUAAACAUAAAUUCUGUAGAAACGAUAACUGAUACUGAAAUGCAUCAGGACAAAUUAGAAGAAGAUGAUAAAAAUCUCUCAGAAAAACAAGAUAUGCUUGAAGAAAGUGAAGUAGUAACACAAGUUUGUCAAGAAAGUAUUUCAAAUACAUUUGAUGAAGAAAUUCACUUAUCUCAACAUGAAAAAAAUCUUCAGUCAAUAGAGAAUCACAUUCUUGAAGUAUCUGAAGAAGAUACAAUACUUCUACCUGAAGAAAAUUCACCAAGAUCUAGUGAACAAAUAGAACAAAUGUCUCAAACAUCUAGAGAAACAUCAUCUCAAUUAUCAACAGAAUGUACAUCUCAAACUUCCGUAGAUCAAGUAUCUCAAAUUUCGAAAGAACAAAUAUCCCAAAUAUCAGAAGAACAAAUUUAUCCGAUGUCCGAUUGUGAAGCUACAACUAUACUUGAAACUUCAUCGUCACAUGAACGAGUUAGAUCAACCGAAAUCGUUAUGAAUGAUUCAACAUUAAUCAAUAAUCAAACUGAAGUAACACAGGUUUCUCACGAGAAUCCAACGGAUGGUGAAUCACAAAUUCCUGAAGGAAUGGAGAUCGAUAGUGAAACAUUACAACGUAUUCAUGAAUUGGAGGUAAGAGGAGAAAUGCGUGAAGCUUAUGAAGAAAUUUCGGGAUGUCCCGAAGAAAUAAUGUAUCCUAUUCUUGACGGAAUGGAAAUGGGAUCGAAUAAUACUGAAGAAACUGAAACACAGGUUGUCUCAGGACAAUCAGAAACUACCAGAGAUCAACAAGAUGUAAAUAGUGGAAAUGAAGACGAAGCUCUUCGAGAAGCAAAUAAUUAUGUGUGUUCUGAGAUGUUAGAAUGUAGUUGGUCGGUAGAUCCCACAGUUAAUAAUAUUAACAAUAAUAAUAGGCCUCAAGAAGAGCUUCAAGUUCCAUGGCCAUUAGUAGCUGCAGCUCUUGAUGGAUCUGUUGCUGCUAAUAUUACAGUGACUACUCAGGAUGAAUGCAACGAGACACCUACUUCAACAGAUUCAACUAAUCCACCUCAACAAUUUAUCAAUGCAGAUUCUAAUGUAGAAUCAGUUAACUGUAUUCAAUUACCAGUUGUUCAAGGAACUCCGUUUCAAUCGGAAAGUCUCGCAAUUGGUACACCAGGAACAAGCUGUAUAAUGAAAAAUUUUCAAUCUCAAAGCUCACCUAUUAUUGCAUUUCCACAAUUACAAUCUAUUAGAUUUGUGCAAACCAAUUUUCAUUCUGAUCAAAACACUACUUCAUCUUUAAAUAGUACAUCCCCAAUUAAUGCUCAAAUUCAGAAUACAACUUCACAAGUGAAUAUAAUGAGAACGCAAGAAGAAGUCGUUCAAUUAAAUACUCAAAAUAAUAAUACACGAAAUAUUAGAAAUAAUGUGAUUCAAAAUCAAGUUCCGAAUACUGUUACGGCAGCAAUUAGUGUACAACCACAAAAUCGUACACAAAAUACUAUUGUAAUUCAACACCAAGCAUCGGCUCCUACGCAACCACGGCAAGUCGUAGCGACCAUACAACAACAACAAUAUCCUGGAGGAACAGUUACUGUAUCUUCAAGAUCUUCACGUUCUAGUAAUCAAGGUAAUCAGAGAGGUUCCAGGAAUAACAAUAAAGAACAAGGAGGAGGUCGAUCUCGUAGUACUACAAAAGAACCACCUGGUGCUGUUAAUUUGGAACGUAGUUACCAAAUAUGUCAAGCGGUUAUACAAAGUUCACCAAAUAGAGAUCAACUAAAAGCUCAUUUGAAACCUCCACCUAGCUUACUUGCUAGAGGCGAUGGUGCAUUCACAACGAAUAAAUCUGGUGGCCGUACAAUUACAACAGUCAAAACUCAGAAACCAUCACAAACAAUACAAAAUAAACAAACUCAAAAUAAAACACAAGCAGUUAUGUUAAGACAUGUGUUUGCAACAGCACGUCAAGCGACUUCUACAGAGAUUCCAGAAAGCAAUAACAUAGCACAAUUAGGAUCUACAACAACAGGUGGAUUAGGUCAAUAUAUAUUGGUACAGAGAACAGGAGUUGGAGAUAGUGCACCUAGAGCAUCUUCUGCACCACCUCUACCUCCUCAAAUUGCUGGAAUGGGUGUCGGAGUGCAUUUAGUACGUGGUAGACCUGCUAGUGCAGGAGAGGGUUCACAUCAGGCAGUAACGUUAAAAGCAAGAGGUUCUGAUGGUAGAGGAGGAGGUGGCGCCGAACCUGGAGCACCUGGAAUGAUUAUGGGUGGAGAUCCACCACCUCCAUGUGAAUGUAAUAUGCGUGGUGCUAUGGUAAUAUGCCGACAGUGUGGCGCGUUUUGUCACGAUGAUUGCAUCGGGCCUCAACGUAUUUGUGCUACCUGUCUGAUACGUUAAUCAUUGUUUAAAUGAUGUUUCUGUGUAAAUUAAAAAAAAAAACUGAACUACUGGAGUGCUGAAUAUCAAAUUGAGAACAAAAUUAUUUUAAAUGGAGUCUUUAUCAGAAAUCAUUUAUUACAUGAAUUUGAAAAAACUGGAAGACUUCAUAAAGGCAACUAAAUUUGUUGUUCAGCACUUUAUUGUAAGUUGUGGUUCAUGUAGAAAAGGGAAUUAAUGGAUACAGUUGCAAAUAUUUUUGGAGUUUUGUGUUUUGACUCUUUUGAAAUUAUAUUUUUAGUAUUAAUUUAUGUUUAUUUGAGUGCAAAAUGUUUAUUUUUAUUUUUAUUUUAAUUUUUUUUAUUUAUUUCAAUGGGCAAUUUUUACAAAAUUUUAAUGAAUAAUUUUUUAUGAAUUAAUUUUUUAAUUAAUAUUUAUAAUUUUAAAGUUUUAUUAAAAUUACAACUGUAUUCUUGUAAUUCUUUAAGAGCAAAAUUAUUACAGUCAAACUCUAAUACCGUCUUCCAGUAAGCAUCACAUUCUUCAACAUACAUCUGUACUAUUUAUUUAUUAACAAAAAUUUAAGUUUAUUCUUAUUAUAUAGAUAUUCCUGUACAUGCUGAUCUCAAGUUUAGUUGAUUUAAAAAAAGUCAAAAACUUAUUCUUAUAUGCUCUCUCGUAAUUAUUUCUUUUGUAGCUUUUUAAAUGCAAAAAAAUUCUCAUUCAUCAUAAAUCUGUUACUAUAAUAGAGCAUCUUGUACAGGAAUGUUAUUUAAGGACGAUUAUUGGUGAUCAAUAUUAUUAAUCUAUUGCAAUGAUGGAAUCUAAUUAGAUGAAUGUAGAAUAUACAUAUUUUAGCUUCAUCUUUUUGUUGAAAACAAUUUUUUAAGAUAUAUAUUGGUUAUGUUAUUUGCUUCAUAUUAACAUGAAAUUAAAUAUCAUAAAACGGGAUAUAAAAAAAAACGCAUAAAUCAGUUUUAUAUUAUGUACAUAAUUCGCAUUUCUGAGAUUUCAAGUUUUUAUAUGUUUUUGAAUCUUUAUAAGAAAGAUGAUUAUUUUACACAAAAUAGAUGUUUGAAAAUUGAAAGCCAUUGUAUUAUUUUCUUAUGUAAUUGCAAUCGAUUACAAUUACAAGCAUUGCGUCUUUGCAUAAAUAUGAUAAUAUGAUUCAUAUUUCGCUAUAAAUGAUAUCAAUCAUCAUUCUCAAAUUAUGUUUACUACAUACCGAUAAAUUUUUUGUCGAUAUAUUUUCUUUGAAAUCAUUGAUAAGGCUAUGUAGUAUUAUUGCGAUUCGAUAGAACAACCAUUGUGUAUUUGUCGCUCAAAUGUAAAUAAAAUCAUAUUCGUUUAA